GCAUGACAUGACAGUCGCACAUGCAGGCUGCUUGCACUGCCAUACACCCCCUCCAAAUGUUAUGGAAUUUAUCUAUGAUAACUACGUGAUAUUGAAAUCUAGCAGCCGUGUUUCUUGAAACAUUCCAAAUCGAAUGUAUAGGUACCUACCUAAACUAUGGUAUAUUAGGUAGCCUUAGUACUUGUACUCCUUAAGAGAUCCAUUACAUUAUAUCUCCUCAUUUAGUACCAUCCAACCCGGUUCCCUAGGACUAUGAGUGGCUAUAGCGAUGAUGCUGCCAGCAGGACCAGCUCGUCCACAGAUAGCGCAUUCCGUGAUAGUUUCGGCAGCCUCGCCGAUCGAAUCACUCUACGAGUCGGCGAACGUCGAUUCACCACCCUUCGCGAAACCCUUAUCCAAAGCGAGUAUUUCGCAGCGCGCCUCUCCGGGAGGUGGAAUGACGCCGAUGAAGAUGGCUCUUACUUUAUCGAUGCCGAUCCGGCCCUCUUCGAGCACAUCCUUAGUUAUCUUCGGAGCGGGAAUUUCCCAGUCUUCUUCGACAGCAGCACGCUUACCUUCGACCACGCCAAGUACUUAUCCCUGCUAGGCGAGGCCCGAUACUUUGGCAUUCGCAAACUAAUCGACUGGAUCGAAAAGAAGAAAUAUAUAGACGUUGUUGAGAUCACGAGAUCAGUGAUCGUUGAUGAUGAUGUUACUAGUGCAUCGAUGCACUCUCAUAUGAGCGGAGUGUCAGGGGAUAGCAAAGUUGACCUCUCAACUUCAUGGGGCUUUAAAAAGAUAUAUCUUUGCCCAAUGGGCUUCUCCUCUCAUCAUGGAAAUCCUUCCCGAUGUCCAUGCGAAUUGCUUAAGAGACGAGAAGAAGGCGAUAAAUUCAGAGAUGAAUUGGUCCUAAGAGCUGUUGUCACUAUCACCUCCGCAACAUUCAAUCCGGACCGUUGCCUUGGUCAUGGACUGGCUUCGGGAAAUUGAUUGAUGUUAAGCUGGGGUUAUCAUAUGGGAAUAUUGUUAAUGCUGUAAAAAAAAAAAAAAAAAAAAGGCUGUUAUGAUCAAACUAC